AUGGAAAAGUGUCAUCAACCGGGCGAUUCGUUUCGUCGACGUUCGCAGCAACAGUUUGGCACCGGUGAGCCCAUACACCCGCGCCUGGGUGGCGGUGGUGGCAUUGGCGGCAGUGUUGGUGGUGGCAUUAAUGGCGAUUACACGGGUGCACAGGAUGCGCAACAACAACCUGCUGAGGUGUCUGUAGAAAUGCUCGGCGCAUCUGGCGUUGGCAACAGGCGUUGAUCCAGCAAUUUCGACGUCCGACUGCAUUUAGCAUACGAUGGACCAGAAUGCGACGUUGCGGAGCAGAAUAUUUCAAUAAUUCUAAAUGGCAUCGAAUCGGAAUUGAACUUCUACGGCCAACAGGAUAACAAGGAUGAAUUGGAAAAGGCUGAUGCUUUUCUCGUCAUCUACUCUUGCAUUGACAAGGAGUCAUUCACACGCGCCAAACAUAUACUUUCACGACUGCAGGAUAUGGAUUUGAUACGCACACGUCCGAUCAUUUUGGUGGCAAAUAAAAUUGAUUUGGCACGUUCUCGUGCGGUUUCCUCACAAGAUGGCAAAUGCGUCGCCUGUACUUUUGGCGCCAAAUUCAUUGAAGUCUCGGCGGGCAUCAAUCAUAAUUGUGACGACUUACUAGCUGGCACUUUGACACAAAUUCGUCUCAAAAAGGAUCAAAAUUUAUUGCAUGGCAAUCGAGAUGGCGCUUCCUCGCCAGCGCACUGGUAUAAGAGCCGCAGCGUUGUAUUGGCCAGCAUGAAGGCACGCCAAAUGCUCACCUGGAUACUGGGUAAAGAGGAUUCGAAAUUUAAAAAUUGCGAGAAUUUGCAAGUGCUCUAAAAAGCAAUACAACUGAACGGUUGAGAAGGGCAAAUAGAAAUAAAAAUGAGAAGAAACAAAAAAGAGUAAACUAAAUCAAAAAUUGGACUGUCUGAACAAAGUGAAGAAUAUAGUUACUAUAACGGGACACUUGUGUGUAUAUAAAAAAAAAUUACAUGAAAUAUAUAUAUGUAUAUAUAUGUAACUAGCUAGAUGUAUUGAACUUAUCUAUAUAUGUACAAUAUAUUUAUAGAUGUGUAUAUAAAAAUAUAUAUUUACUCCGACUUUGUGAGUUUAGGUUAGGUGUGACAUGAAUCAAUAUUCUUAUACCGAGAUAUAUAGUUGUAGGUACAUGUAUUUGCUCCAUAAAUUUAAAUACUGUUUUUUUUUUCUUAAUAAAUAACAGCAAAUAAUCAUUAAAUGGCAAAACUUUAACAGUAGCUUUACGAACCAAAGCAAAGCUCUUUCCUGGCCAAAAGCUUGCGAGCAUGCGCAUUUGCGUUCAAACCAAUACCCACAAAAUGAAACGUAGCACUUUCAGAAAUACCGGUUUCGUUUUAAAUUUAACUCAACAAUAGUUAAUAGCAAUGUCUAAUGUGUAUUUAUAAAAUGUAAUAAAAAAAUUGUUAUGAAUAUUAAAGUAAUUAAAUAUUUGUAUAAUUAUUAACAACAAACUAUAUGUACUUGUAGAAUGAAAAAUUAUAUAUAUUUAUGUAAAAAAAAAUGUUCAAAAAAUUAUAGUCUUGACUUUAAAACUCUUUGGAGAAUUUAUUUCAAGCAUGCAGCUAAAGCUAUUCGAAAUUUUUGUAUAAAAACAAACUCUUGGCAGCACUGCCGCUAAACCGUUAUUAAGGAAUUUGACAGCAUCAGCUGAUUUGCUGACGUCAGAAUAGCAACUAGGCUCAAGAAGUUUGUUGUAGACCUUUCCUCGUUAUAAAAAACUUUAGCAACUUGAAAAUAUACAAAUUUUGGAAAGCAAAUCUCGUCUGGAAUUCAAAAUGUUUACUCAAUAGCUAACUUUUUUAGUACUUUUUCACUCUAGAUAACUUCCUUAUGUCAAAAAUACAUUUACUUAUUGACACUUCUUCUAGAAUUCAAAAUAUCAAACUUUUUCGCUGAAAUCUCUUCUGGAAUCUUCAAAAUACCUCUUCAUUUCUAUUAGUUCCAAAAAUAUAUAUACUAUAAUAUAAUAUUAAUACGAAAUCAAAAGUAAAUAAGUAAUUUAGGCAUUAAGUGAAAUAACUGUACAUAAUAGCACGAAAUCAUGAGCUCAGUAAAGCUUUACAAAAGGGAAGAAGUUUGAGUAAUAAUUAAAAGUAUAAUAAUUUGACAAUGCAAUUUUCUACAAAGUGUACUUUGAUUAGAAAUGUAUGUAUUUAAUUUUUGAUUUUGUAUAUUAUAUAUUCAUCAAAGCAUUCUUCCCUUGCUUAGUUUUUAAGAAUACUAUUUUAUAAAUCAGAUAACUAAUGUGCUAACUAUAAGCAACUAUAUACCUACUAUAUACAGAUAUAUUUCUGCCAAAGUGCCCAUUUCUUAAAUGAAAAAAAUUCGUAUUAAUUACAAUUAUUGAAAAAAUAUGUAUGUGAAUGUAUAGACUAUACCCAAUGUUUUUCUAAAAGUAAACUGUUAACAAAACUCUAUUAUAUUUAGCUAAGUUACUCACCAAAAACAAUUUAAUAUCGACAACUACAUAUAUAGAAGUUCAUUAGUUUUGAAAAGGUUUUUUUAUGCCUAUGUAGACUAUAGAAACUAUUUUGUUAUUAUUAUUUUUAUUAUUACAUACCGUAUAAAGAGUAAGUAGAAUUUUGAACAGAAAAAGCAACGCACUGAAGAAACGUGAAAUAGUGCAGUCUUUUGGCAACACUAUUAACUCGCUUGCAUCAAUAAAAAUGACUUCCAACAAUAUGCAACAAAAUCAUAAUAUAUCCCGACUACUUUUCAGAUUAAUUUAACGAUUUAAAACAUAUAUAGAACAAGCAUUAAAAGAGAAGUUUUCAGUUGCUUAAGAGGCACCUCUAGUAUGGCAGAAUAAAAAAAGGCGAUUUUUGGGAAUUUGAAAAUACGGUAACAAUUGCUUUAACAUUUUAAGUGAACAUUUAUACAUGUUUUGAGAAUACACAAUAAAAAUUUGGAAGAACAAAA